GCAAAAAGAUAAAGGCAAAUCAUCAAUGAAAUCAGGUCAAUUUUCGGGCAGCUUGACAGCAGAAAAAGGUCGAUCAUCACUUAUUUGCUUCAAGUGUGGAGAAGCUGGCCAUAUUGCAUCAAAGUGUAACAAAAGCAGCAAUCAGUAUUCAAGCAAUAAUAAAUCCGGUUUGGAAAAGAGAGUGGACGCAUGCGAAGUAAUCGAACCUAAGGGAGUACUGAGUCAAUCUGUUUCAGAAUUUUGGACCAAGUCAACAGACAGAAGCAGGCACUAUGCAACGGAAGGAAAGUCUAGCGCCACUAAGCGCAUUAGACUUGCAGUUCUGCCGAAGGCUUUCCCUGAUAGUACACUCACUCGUGAGGAUCAGGGAAAGAUUGAGGACGCCAUUGUGGAGUAGAUGGGUAAGGGUUGAAGGUCAAUACUCAAAUUCGACGACAUCCACUUUCGGCCAGACCUUAUACUGGUCGACUGCUUGGAUGCAGAAUCAGCCGAAUGCCGAGCCGAGCUGCGCGAAAUUGUCCCAAAACUGCUCUAUUGAUAGGGUGCGGAACUGACAACGUGCGAUGGGGACAACAUACCCAGGGUGCACGUAAUCACUACGUACCUACCAAAAGCUGCAGGAGAGGACACGCAGAAACUUUUGAACCCCUAUAUAGCUCAAAAUAAGGGAAUGCAUACCCACCUAUGGAAGAUUUAUAGGAGCAAUGAUGAGAAGACCGGCAAACUGCUAACGAUCGGG